AGAGAAAGAAAUUUUAGAACGACCUGUGAUAAUGGCAGAUGCUCGUCCAGUAGCACCAGCCGAAGGAGCUGCUCCACCACCAGCCGAGAGAGUUGCACCAACCCUUGCAGACGCCGGUGCUGUAGCCCCGGCAGGUCCACUUCGCUAUCAGCCGAUCCACCAGAGGCGAAUGUUCCGGUAGGAGGUGACUUAUCAACGCACCUGCUGAGAAACCCGAGCGGAGUUCGACUGGCAUUCAAGGUGAAGUCAACAAACAACAAUACAUAUCGUCUAAAGCCAGUUUAUGGAUUUGUGGACGCAGUGGGUAGCUCUUCUAUCGAAAUCACUCGAACGGCAGGACCGCCAAAGGAGGACAAACUCGUCAUUCAGUUUAAAGAAGCCGCCUCUGACGCAGCUGAUGCCGCAGCUAUCUUCAGGGAAGGUGCCCCUCUCGGGGAUGUCCCUCUUCCUCUCAGAGCAACAUAA